AGCUCUUAUUCCAAAAAAAAGUUAUUGGGAAAACAUCAUUAUGCAGUAGUAAAUCAUCAUGAAUUUUUUGGAAGGAUUGAGUUUGAGAGACAUCAAGCCUUUGAAAGCUAUUGUAACAAAAAGUAGCAGUAGUAUUUUAAAGAAAGGAAGUGAUGAUAAUGGUGGAACAAGGGAAGAAGAAAAAGAAGAAGAAGAAGAAGAGGAGUUAUUAGAUCCAUCAGCUCGUUUAUUUCAUGAACCAAAGUUUAACUUAUACAUAAUUGCAAUGCUGGGCUGUAAAACUAAGAUUAAUCCGAACAUCAUUAAAGAUGGUUUACUUACCACUGUACUUAAACAUCCACGCUUCUGCAGUUUGCAGGUAGAGGUUGGAGGAAAAGGAGGGGAGAUGAAAUGGGUACCAACAGAGGUGAAUAUAGAAAACCAUGUUAUAGUACCAGAAAUUAAUCCUGCUAUGAUGGAUGAUAUAUCACCGGAUAGAUUCAUUGAAGAUUACAUAUCAGAACUAAGCAAAACCACAAUUGAUAUGUCAAAACCACUCUGGGAAAUUCAUAUUCUCAAUGUCAAAACGACUGAAGCCGAAGCUAUAGGAGUAUUUAAAGUCCACCAUUCCAUUGGUGACGGUACUUCACUUGUAUCUCUUCUCCUUGCUUGUACUCGGCAAACCGCUGAUCCAAAUGCAUUACCAACAGUUCCUAUAACUAAAAAAAGACCUGUCCGCAGCUCAAAGAAUUCGGAAGGGGUUUGGUGGAUGUUCGCGGAACUUUGGGGUUUUUUGGCAAUGGUUAGGAAUAGUUUGGUGGAUAUUUUUAUGUUUUUUGCAACUUUCAUUUUCUUAAAAGAUACUGAGACACCUCUCAAAGGUGCCCCUGGAGUUGAAUAUGGGUCAAAAAGGUUUGUACACCGGACUCUUAGCCUUGAUGAUAUCAAAUUGGUGAAGAAUGUAAUGAAUAUGACUAUCAAUGAUGUUCUUUUAGGUGUUACAACUGCUGGUCUCUCAAAUUAUCUGAAUAGGAGAUACGGUCUGGUUAAGAAAAAUGAUCAAGGAGCAACAGAGAAGAGAAAUAAUCUUCCAAAAGAUAUACGCCUCAGGUCUACUCUUCUCGUAAACAUGAGACCUUCAAGUGGAAUUCAGGUACUAUCGGACAUGAUGGAAGAGAAAGCAGAAGCCAGAUGGGGUAAUUGGAUUGGAUAUAUUUUAAAUCCUUUCACUAUUUCCUUAAGAGAUGAUCCAUUAGAUUACGUUCGAGAAGCAAAAACUGCCAUUGAUCGUAAAAAGAAUUCCGGUGAAGCUCUUUACACAUAUCUUAUCGGUGAACUAGUGCCCAAGUUGUUUGGCUAUAAGGCAUCAGCUGCUUUAUCUCACAGAGUUCUCUCUAACACAACCAUGUCGUGCUCGAACCUUAUUGGACCUUUGGAAGAAAUUGGGUUUUAUGGACAUCCUAUGGCUUACCUCGCUCCAACUUUUUAUGGGCAUCCACAGGCUCUCACCAUUAAUUACCAAAGUUAUGUAAAUAAGAUGAUCAUAAUUCUCGCAGUUGACGAAAGAACAAUUCCUGAUCCUCAUAAACUUUGUGAUGAUUUAGAAGAAUCUCUAAAACUCAUUAAGGAUGCUAUUUUGGCUAAACAUGAACACGCACACUGAAAAGAUCCAUACCAAAAAAAAAAAUAAUGCAUAUGUAUUUCAGAUCUUUUUAUAUGUGUAUAUUGGGUUUGUUUUAUGCCCAAAUAACACAGCUUCAAGUGGAAUCUAUGUUAGCAUGAUUUCGUUGAAGAGCUGUAAAAGUUUUAUGAUGAAUUUUUAAUAUGCGAAGAACAAUUCACAAUGAGCUGCAUAGACUCAUCCAACUGGAUAUGAAGCAACAAAUCGCAAAGAGUAUCGCAGACCCUGUGGAUAAGAAAUGUUUUAAAGCUAAAUGGAAUAGGAUAAAUUCAAAUGUUCUUAUAAGGAAUGUUGGAAGGUGUUUUUGCCUGUACCUUGACUAGCCAGUUGUA